CUGUAAUAUUUGUAUUAUAAGUAGGUAGUUCUGAAUAAUAAUGACAAGUAUAUUUUGUGAAUGUCUCUGUAAUACGAACCAGUUCAAAUAUAGAUUUGGAACACAACGGACGUCUCAUUCCACCUACCUUCUACAAGUCCUACACAGACACCGUACACUUUAUUGGCGAACGAGGUUGAUAAAAUCUACGCAAAACGAUGUCUUUCGGGAAGAUCAACGAGUUUAACGUGAGUGCGGGGAAUUGGUCACUGUACGUCGAGCGCCUGGAGAUGUACUUCAAGGUGAAUAAAGUGGAAACGGAAUUGUGGCUACCUACACUUAUUACGGCGAUCGGAGACGAAACGUACGAAGUGUUGAGCAGCUUAGCGAGUCCUAAGAAGCCAGCGGAGCUCACCUAUAAAUCGGCGGUCACAAUGCUACAAGAUCAUUUGCAACCGAAACCCUCCGUUAUGGCCGAACGAUAUCGUUUUCGACAAAGAAGACAGCGGGAGGGCGAGUCAAUUGCAACGUACAUAACAGAAUUGAAGAAAUUGUCAAAAUUGUGUGAUUUUGGAGCCAACUUAGAAGACAGUUUACGUGACCAACUUGUUUGUGGGGUAGUCAGUGACGUCAUACGGCAAAGACUGUUUGCGGAAGAUAAUUUGAACUAUACGAGUGCAGUUAAGUUGGCGUGUGCGUUGGAAGCGGCGGAACGUAACGCGGCAGUAGUAGAUGUGUCAUCAUCGGGAACUACGGGAAGCGCGGCCGCGGUACACGCAGUAGGGGCGAAGCGCGAGCGCGGGCCGCGCGGGCAGCGCGCGCGUCCCUGGCAAGCCAACGGUUAUAACAACUCGGAAAAUUGCAUAGUGUGCGGGAAAAAUGGCCACAGCAGCGAGGAGUGUCGCUACAAGAAGUUCGUUUGCAGUAAAUGUAAAAAAGUUGGACACCUGCGUAGGGUUUGUCCAAACUCAACCGGGGGCCCAGGCCCGGACCGGAGGCGGGUGAACCAUGUCUCAUGCCAAGACAACGGGUCAGAUGAGGAUUCCCGGUCGGAAGACUAUGAAGAAAUGUUAAACCAACUCAGUUUGAGCAGCUAUAAACCGGCAUAAGGAAUUGUUCAGCGGCGGGCUGGGGCGAUUCACGGGAGGCCAGGCGCGGCUGCGGGUGCGCGAGGGGGCGGCGCCCGUGUUCCACCGCGCGCGCCCUCUGCCCUACGCGCUCAAGGCGCAGGUGGACGCGGAGCUGGACUGCAUGCUGCGCGACGGCAUCAUAGAACCGGUCGAGGUUUCCGACUGGGCUACGCCAUUGGUACCGGUACGUAAAGCGGAUGGUGGCCUACGCAUUUGUGCGGAUUACAAGGUUACGUUGAACCCUGUCCUGCUGGUCGAUAGGUACCCUCUACCUAAAAUUGAAGAUUUGAUGGUUAGUCUCAACGGGGCUCAGUUAUUUUCUAAAAUAGACUUAUCGCAAGCAUAUAAUCAGGUGGAGCUAGAUGAUACAAAAAUGUACACUGUUAUAAAUACACACCGGGGAUUAUUUAAAUAUAAUAGGUUAGUAUUUGGACUUUCAUCUAGUCCGGGGAUAUUUCAACGAAUAAUGUCUACUAUUUUGAGUGAUAUACCGGGGGUAGAGGUGUUCUUAGACGAUGUUAUUAUUGCCACUAAAGGGGACCGUUUGGUACAUCUGGCUACAUUAGAAAAGGUAUUGAGUAGGCUCUCGAGUCAUGGAAUGAAACUUAAGAAAAGUAAAUGUUCAUUUUUAGUCGAUGAAGUAAAAUAUUUAGGAUACAUUAUUUCCAAGGACGGAGUGAAAGUAGAUCAGGAAAAAGUGGCAGCUAUUGUCAAAAUUCCAAGACCCGAAGAUAUUUCCCAGCUGAGAUCAUUCCUAGGACUAGUUAAUUUUUAUGCUAAAUUUGUGAAAAAUAUUAGUACUAUUUUAUUUCCACUAUAUAAUUUACUAAAAAAAAAGCGUAACAUGGAAAUGGUCUAAAGACUGUGAAAUGGCUUUUAUUAAAAUUAAAAAGAUUUUGACAAGUGCAGAGGUUUUAGCUCACUACGACGCCGAUAAACCCUUAACUUUGACUUGUGAUGCGAGCUCGAAGGGCAUCGGAGGGGUUCUUACCCAGAGAGCGCGGGGGGGCGCGGAGCGGCCGGUCGUGUAUGUGUCUCGCGCGCUCACAGAGGCGGAAAAACAUUACUCGCAGAUCGAUCGCGAAGCUUUAGCUAUCGUAUUUUGUUUACAAAAAUUACACCAAUACUUAUAUGGUAGACGUUUUACUCUGCGAACUGAUCAUAAACCGUUAGUCAGCAUUUUUGGGCCUAAACACGGAAUACCGGCAUUGGCCGCAAGUAGAAUGCAGCGAUGGGCGGUUAUUCUAUCGGCAUAUAGUUAUGAUAUAGAAUACAUAAAUACAAAACUAAACGGAGCGGACGGUCUGUCGCGGCUACCUGUGCGCUCUGCUGAUAAGAAUGACUCAUCGUUAGACCCGCCCGAGCAAACUUAUUUACACUUCGCACAGGACGCGUUGUUACUCGAUUCUAACGAUAUUAAAAAGCAGACUUUGCGGGAUCCGUCAUUAAGUAGAAUAUUGUUAUUCAUUAGAGAGGGGUGGCCUACGGAAAAUGAAAUUAAAGCAUUACAACCGUAUUUUAAUAGAAAAACCGAAUUGUAUGAAGAAUUAGGAUGUAUCAUGUGGGGUCAUAGAAUUGUAAUACCCGAGAAAUGUAGGAGUCAGGUGCUUAAUGAACUUCAUGAAUCCCAUAUGGGUAUUUGUAAGACCAAGGCCAUGGCACGCAGCUAUGUGUGGUGGCCUGGCAUCGACGAGGCUGUGGAAGCGUUGUGUCGCAGCUGUGAGGUAUGUGCAGCGGAGGCUGACGCGCCGCCCCGUCAUGCUGUCACGCCGUGGCCAUGGCCGGCGAAGCCUUGGUCGCGAAUUCAUGUAGACUUUUUGGGCCCUUUUCAUGAUAAGAUUUACUUGGUUGUAAUUGAUGCUCGAACCAAAUGGAUUGAAGUUUUUCCGGUGCCAAGCACAGCAGCUCGUUAUACGAUAAGUAAACUAGAGGAUUUGUUUGCUAGGUGGGGAUUACCUAGGCAGCUAGUCAGUGAUAACGGGCCUCCGUUCACAAGUUCUGAUUUUUCAUUUUUUAUGCAGAACAAUGGCAUUGAACACAUAUUUUCAGCUCCCUACCACCCUGCUUCGAAUGGGGCGGCGGAGAAUGCAGUUCGAACAAUUAAAAAAGUCAUAAAGAAAGCCAUUCGUAAAAAAAAAGAUAUCCAAAAAUUUUUAAAUACGUUUUUACUUCACUAUCGAAACACAGAACAUUGUACUACAGGCGAAAGUCCAGCCACGUUAAUGUUAGGAAGACAGUUAAGAAUCAAACUAGAUUUACUCAGGCCGGAUAGAGGUAAAAAAGUUAGGGAUGCGCAGGCUAGGCAAAUAAAAAUUGGAACAGAGGUAAGCAGAGUUUUAGAACCAGGAGAAGAAGUCUGGAUCCGCCAAUACCAGGGGGGAAACAAGUGGAUACCGGGUAAGGUAGCUGAAAGAUUAGGAACAACUGAUUAUAAGAUAUUAGAUACUUCAGGUAGAGGGUCCCACAGACAUAUUGACCAAUUAAGACGGAGAUCUUUGCGUAGCUCGCUUGUAGCCCCACCGCUCGAAAUCGAGGAACCAACCACAGCGGCUCAAGUAGCGGUACCAAUGUGCGAGGAUCAAGUGCAGUCCGGCACCCGCCCAUCUGUAGCUGACAAUCCUUUGGACAGUAAUAUUUCUGUCGAUGUGGACAAGGACUCUGAUACCUUCUGCGAUGCGAGCUCCUCUCCCGCGCCCGCAACCGAUAAGCCCGCCACUCCUCCCCGAUCUAGGCCAAUACGAAAGUGUAGAAUUGAUAACCCACCACGAUAUGUUUUUAAAUAAUGUACUAACUAUUAUUAUUAGUUAUUAGUGUUUUAUUGUUGUUGUUUGGAAGAGAGGAUUGUAAUAUUUGUAUUAUAAGUAGGUAGUUCUGAAUAAUAAUGACAAGUAUAUUUUGUGAAUGUCUCUGUAAUACGAACCAGUUCAAAUAUAGAUUUGGAACACAA